AUGGCUGCAUUAUCAGUAUCCAUGAAUCAUGUUACAGCAACCAUUAUCUUUUUUGUGUUCUUGGCACAAAUAUCUGUGAUGGUCAACGUUUACUUUGCCAAUGGAGAUCAAUCCAACAUUCUCUGCCAUGAAACAGAAAAGCAAGCUCUUCUGAGCUUCAAGCGGGAUCUUGUAGAUGAUUUCAACAAACUGGUGUCUUGGGAUGUUUCUGAAGAAGAAGAUUGCUGCAAAUGGGCUGGAAUUUCCUGCAACACCCAAACUGGCCACGUCUCUGCGCUCUCUCUCAGCAAUGGCUCCUUUACAGGCAAGAUCAAUCCCUCCUUGCUUAAUCUCACUCAUCUACUUAGCUUAGACUUGAGCUUAAAUCAUUUUUCCCAGAUUAUUCCUAGUUUAAUGGGUUCUCUUGUGAGUUUGAGAUAUCUUAACUUUACACAUGGAGGAUUCCAAGGAAAGAUUCCCCACCAACUUGGAAAUCUUUCAGGUUUACACUAUCUUGUGCUUGAAGAUAUUAUUAAUUAUUAUGAGAAUGGGUGGUCAUCGAAUCUCUUAUAUGUUGACAACCUUCAUUGGGUCUCUGGUCUUUCUUCAUUGAAAUCUCUAGUCAUGUAUGAGGUUGAUCUUAGUAAAGCAUCUGAUCACUGGCUUUUUGCAAUAAACACACUCCCUUCCCUGCAAGAAGUACGCUUGGGCUUCUGUGAUCUUGGUCAUAUUCAUUUCCCAUCUCACAUCAAUCUUACAUCCCUUGAGACACUUGACCUGAGUGACAACUCCCUUGAGCUUGGAGGUCCAAUUCCCUGCACCAUUCGAAAUAAUAUGAGUCUUCUCAAACAUCUUGAUUUGUCAGGGAAUAAUAUAAAUUCUGUCAUUCCCAAAUGCUUUUAUAGUUUUCCCAAUCUUGCACUCCUCCACCUUCGUGGUAAUAAGUUGCAGGGCACUAUUUCAAGUGACGUAGUAAAUUUGACUUCUAUUGUCAGUUUUGACUUGUCAUCUAAUGCUUUAACAGGAAGUAUACCAAAAUCCAUGGGAAAACUUUGCAAUUUGGAGGCAAUUGAUUUGUCAUACAAUAGAUACAAAGGCAGAGUCUCAAUGGUAUUUGAAAGCUUGUUGUCGGGUUGCCUUGUAAAAAAGCGAAAGUCCUUGCAUUUGGAUGGAAAUUUGUUUGAUUCCUUUACUGGAGAAAUCUCAGAUGAAAUAGGAGUUUUCGAGAAUUUAGUUCAUCUUUCUCUCAUUCAUAAUAAUUUUUUUGGUCCCAUUCCUAUGUCAAUAUGUCAAAACUUACGAUCCAUAGAGUCAUUAGAUAUUUCAAAAAAUAAUUUCAGUGGCUCUAUUCCAGAAUGCUUGGUUUCUCUCUCAAAGUUAAAAUCUCUCAUUAUUUCCUAUAAUCAAUUAAGUGGACCACUUCCACAAAGUCUUUGGUCACUCUCAAAUUUACUAUCCCUUGAUAUUUCUAAUAACCAAUUAAGUGGACCACUUCCACAAAGUCUUUGGUCACUCUCAAAUUUACUAUCCCUUGAUAUUUCUAAUAACCAAUUAAGUGGACCACUUCCAAAAUGUCUUGGGUCCCUCUCAAAUUUAGACUCUCUCAAUAUUGCAUCAAACAAUUUUGAAGGUGAUGUAUCUGAAGUUCAUUUUGCCAACCUCACAAAUCUUAGGAUCAUACAUGCUUCUGGAAAUAAAUUGACUUUGAAUGUAAGCUCAUGUUGGUCUCCUCCCUUUUCACUUUACGCCGUGGAAUUAAAUAAUUGGAACUUGGGUCCUCAUUUUCCUAUAUGGCUAAAAUCACAAAAAAGUAUUUCUCAAAUUAGCAUGUCCAAUACUGGUAUUUCAGAUGUCAUUCCUUGUUGGUUAUGGAAUAUUUCUUCAUCAAUUGAUCUUUUUAUUGACUUGUCUGAAAACCAAAUUUAUGGAGAAAUUCCUGAAUUUCCAAAUGAUCGUUCUUAUAUGUUGAACUUGAGUUCUAACAAGUUAACAGGUCCAUUACCCCGUAUCCCAGUUUCCAUCAGUCUAGACCUUUCAAAUAAUUCCUUGUCUGGUAACAUUUCUAAUUUCCUUUGUGAUCGAAAGAGUCGUACAAGAGAUGUUGAGGGCCUGAAUCUUGCAAAUAAUUUUUUAUCAGGAAAAAUUCCAGAUUGUUGGAUGUAUUGGCCAUCAUUAAUAAGUAUAGACUUGGACAACAAUAACCUGACGGGAAAAAUUCCAAGCUCCAUAGGAUCUUUACAAAACUUAAGAUCAUUGCAUCUUCGUAAUAAUAGUUUCACUGGAGAAAUACCAAAGGCACUUAAGAACUGUUCAGCUCUAAUUGGUCUUGAUCUUGGUUUUAAUAAGUUGGUGGGAACUAUACCAAGAUGGAUCGAAAGUCUUCCAAUCCUGGGCCUUCUUGUCCUUCGUUCAAACGACUUGACUGGCCUUAUUCCAGUUGAGCUAUGUAAACUUUCUACACUUCAACUAUUGGAUGCUAAUAUGGCGAUCAAGAAUCUAGAGAGAAUGCAAAUCUUGUUAUUAAAGGAAGGGAAAACCAGUACAACACCAUCUUAUAUCUCUUAA